AUGGGUACUCCCAUGGUGGUCGCUCAACAUCUUUCCAUAGCAGGUCUAGAUUUUGAUGAUCCAUCCCUCUACCGGUCACUUGUCGGAGCUCUCCAAUAUCUCACAAUCACUCGAUCGAAUAUUACUCACGCUGUAAGUGUCGUCAGCCAAUUCAUGCACAAGCCAUCUAUUUCUCAUUUUCAAGCUGUAAAAAGGAUCCUACGCUAUGUUAAAGGGACUCUUCGGUUUGGUUUAUCUUUCACUCUAUCUUCUUCUCUAGAACUUCUUGCUUAUUCAGAUGCUGAUUGGGCUGGAUGUCCUGAUACGCGCCGCUCAAUAUCUGGCUAUGUUGUUUAUUUUGGCGGUAAUCUGGUGUCCUGGAGUUCCAAGAAACAGCCAACAGUUUCUCGAUCCAGUUGUGAAUCUAAAUACCGGGCAUUAGCCCUCACUGCUGCUGAGGUUAAGUGGCUACGACACCUUCUUCGGGAUCUUCAUGUAUCUCCUCCAUCUCCUCCAGUCCUACUCUGUGAUAAUCAAAGCUCCAUCUUUCUUGCCGUUAAUCCAGUUUCUCAUAAACGUUCCAAGCACAUUGAUUUGGAUUAUCAUUGUGAAUUUGUGACUUCCGGAGAGCUCAAGAUUCUCUAUGUUCCCACUCACUUACAAAUUGCCGACAUGUUCACCAAAAGUCUCGGCCGACCUGCCUUCAUCUUCCUACGUUCCAAGCUUCGCGUCUAUGAUUCUGAGAUUCUAGGCUUGCGGGGGGGUAUUACUAUUAUAGAAGGAUCCACACGAUCCUCCUCAAAUCAUGUUGUAAAUAAUGUUGUUCUUCAAUCCCAUGAUUCUAGGCAAUCCCUUGAUUUUAGACAAUAG